GAGAGAGAGAGAGAGAGAGAGAGUCGGCUCUCAAUCAACCGGCUGCCUUCUGAUUUGAUCUUAUUCAUUUGGGAAUAUCGAUCCAUGUGCUUUCGUCGCGAGGGAAAACUUUUCAGCAGCAUCUCUCUCUCGCCUUUUUUUUUAUUUUUGCCGGAUAAAAUACAUUUAUGGUAAUAACGCGGCUGACAUCUCAUUCAUACGUGGUGACAAGUCUCGUGGCUUCCGAUGUGCGACAGAGUUCAGGCACGCGGUGUCCCUUCAAGAGAGACAGACAGACAGAGACAGACAGACAGAGAGAGAGAGAGAGAGACAGAGAGAGAGAGACAGAGAGAGAGAGAGACAGAGAGAGAGAGAGAGAGUAGAAGCUGAACAGGACGAGCUGCGGGAGGAAUACAAAUGAUACUGUAAGAAUUCUGGAGCCUUAAACCUGAAGAUUUAGUGUUGUUUUUGUCGGGCUGCUGUCCACUUGGAGCUCCGGAGAGGAUUCGAAGGAAAUCGAGUGAAGUGUUUGAAGUGAUCUGCGACUACAGGCGGAGGUGAUGACAGUCAAGCUGGACUUUGAGGAGUGUUUGAAAGACUCUCCGCGCUUCAGAGCUGACAUCGAAGUGGUCCAAAGCGAUGUGAGUGAACUCGAGACACGUUUAGAAAAGCUUGUGAAACAAUGCCAUGCCAUGCUGGAGGCCGGCAGAGUCUACUGCCAGACCAGCAAGAGCUUCAUCAAUGGCCUCCGGGAUCUGGGACACCACUGCUCCGGGGACCAGACGAUGGAGGAGUGUUUGGACAAAUUUUCCAAAAAGCUGUCCAUCAUCUUGGAUGCUCAGGGGGAAGUGAUUGAGACCACACAGAAGUCGGUGAAGACGAAGCUGCAGAACUUUGUCAAAGAGGAUGUGCGACGUUUCAAGGAUGUGCGCAAGGAGUUUGAGCGCAGCAGCGAAUGCCUGGAGGGGGCGCUGGUGAGGAACGCUCAGGCGCCACGGGGGAAACAGCACGAAGUGGAGGAGGCGAGCAAUGCUCUGCUCAACGCACGCAGGACCUUCCGGUCUGAGGCCAUGGAUUAUGUCCUGGAGAUCAACGUCAUUGAGGCGAAGAAGAAGACAGACAUUCUGAUGGCAAUGUUGUCACUGAUGGAGGCCCAGGCUCAGCUCUUCCAACAUGGCCACCAGUCUCUCUCAGAACUGGACGAGUAUCGACGAAAAUUGAAUGAAGAGCACACUCAGUUUGUCCUAAACUCCGCCCGGGAGAAGAGGGACAUGGAGCAAAGACACGCUGCAAUCAAGACAAAGGACGUGUCCUAUGAUGACUCGAUCAUGGAUUUCAACGCUGACGCAGCUAAUGGGAUCGUCAUGGAGGGCUACCUCUACAAGAGAGCCAGCAACACCUUCAAGACUUGGAGCAGGCGUUGGUUUUCAAUUCAGAAAAAUCAGCUGGUGUACCAGAAGAAAUUCAAGGACCAGCCUACAGUUGUGGUGGAGGACUUGCGUCUCUGCACAGUGAAGCCCAGCACCGAAAACGAGAGGCGGUUCUGCUUUGAAGUGGUCUCCCCAUCAAAGUGUUGUUUGUUGCAGGCAGACUCUGAAAGGCAGCAGCUGGGGUGGAUCAGUGCCGUCCAAAACAGCAUCGCCUCAGCCUUUCAGGAGCACAGAGAGGACCCACACAGCCCAAGACAGCGCUGCAGCUCGGUGACGGCGAAUAGUUUGGGAGGAGGAGGGGGAGGAGCGGAUCAGGAGAACAAGGGCUGCAAGGCCUUGGAGGAGGUCCAGGCCAUCCCGGGGAACAAGCAGUGCAGCGACUGUGGGGAGCCUGGUCCCGAUUGGGCCUCCAUCAACCUGGGCAUCACGCUUUGUAUCGUCUGCUCAGGAAUACACAGGAGCCUGGGAGUCCAUUUUUCCAAAGUGCGCUCCCUCACUCUGGACUCCUGGGAGCCAGAGCUCAUUAAGUUGAUGUGUGAAUUAGGAAACACAGUAAUCAACAGGAUCUACGAGGCCCGGAUUGACGAGAUCACCAUCAAGAAGCCCCACCCCUCCAGUCCCAGGAGUGACAAGGAGUCGUGGAUCCGAUCAAAGUACGUUGAGAAGAAGUUCAUCCAGAAGCUGCCCGAGACCGGCAGGAACCCCCUGCAGAGGCGAUCCAGCGGCAGGAGGAACCGAGCGGACACGCAGGACCGGGCCGUGCAGCGGCCGCCGCUCAAACCCAAACCGAACCGAGCCACUCUGCCUCGGCUCACAGGGCUGAGCCCCAGUGACCUUGUCCAAAAGAACAAUACACACAAAGAAGUGGACGAGGAAGUGGAGGAUCUGAGCGGGCUUCACCCCGGGGCGUUGUUGUACCGCUCGGCAGCCCUGCAGAACUUCCCCGUCAUGGCCGACGCUUUGGCCCACGGAGCCAGCGUCAACUGGGUCAACGUGGCCGAGGAGUCCAGCACGCCGCUGAUACAGGCAGUCUCAGCGAAUGCGCUGGCAGCCUGCGAGUUCCUGCUGCAGAACGGUGCCAACGUCAACCAGGCAGACAGCACUGGGAGAGGACCGCUUCACCACGCCACCAUCCUGGGUCACACCGGGUUGGUCUGUCUCUUCUUGAAGCGAGGAGCAGACUACAACGCCAAAGACAAGAACCAGAAAGACCCCAUAACCAUUGCCGUGGACACCGCCAACGCUGACAUCGUCACUUUGCUGCGGAUCGCCAAAAUGAACAAGGAGAUGCGGGAGAUGGACGGAGCGUUUGGCCAAUCAGGUCAAUCGGGGGGGCAGGGGUCUGGGGGUUUGUUAGGCGGGACAGGAGGAGGGCGGGCCCACACCAGGAAGAGCCUGCAGGCUCUAAAGAACCACAUAAGUGGCUGGGCUCUGGGGGGGCAAAAUGAUUAGUGGGGAGAGAAACCGGCCCCAGGACAAGAGACUGGAAUGAGCCUGUUUUUGCUCGUGAGCUAAAAGGAAAAACAUGUUUAUUAAGCAUUAUAAAUCAUGUGGCGUUUAUAUCUGCAGCAUCUGCAGAUAAAUGAUCCUGGCCUUCCACCCUUAUCAUUCAAGGAAACCCGCAUCAUGACAUAAAACUAAAAAAAGGAACAUUGCCUUCAUUGAGAAAAGCAUCAAAUGAAAUUCUUGUGAACCAAGUGAAAGCCAGAACACAGGGUACGACAUGCAGUGUAAAGGCAGAGACUCUCUGAGAACGGAUUCAUUUACCUCAGUGAAGACGGGGAAAUGUCAUGUGAAACAAAAGUGCACUUUGAAUUACAAACGCACGUCCUCCUGCACUUUGAAACCCACACAAUCUCUGAAUACAGAGUGCUGCAUGUGGGUGUUUCUAACAGAGGUUUAUAUGUAUAUAUAAUAGACUUAUAUGAGGCCUAUAUUUUAUAUUGUAUAUUUGGGAUAUUUUUAUAUAUAUAGUUUGUACAGUGUUCUGGCUUCAUCAGAUCCUUUUUAUUGUGUUUGUGUACUGGUCGGUUUCUUUCAGUCCAGUCAUGUAAGCUAAAUUCAAUGUCGGGUUUGGUCCUCAAGGACAUUUUUUUUUUUAUUUUUUUUAUCCCGCUAUUCUGUGAAUAGCGACACAGUUUGAACCUCUUGUUAUACAUCACGUGUUUGUAUUUAUCAGACUUUCCAGAGCUCAGUGCUGCGGCUCUUGAGCUUAAGGUUAACAGUUGGGUUUUGUUUGCAUUUUGUCAUUUGGCUCCUUUCUCAUGCUGCAAAGUCCAUUCUUUCAUGAUUGUCCUUUUCGUGGCUAUCAAAGGCUUUUAUUUAAAUUAUUUUUUUUUUUUAAAGUUCUUGUGUCAGCUGUUUCACUCAUGAAGGAAUGGAAACGUGAUGCUUUUUCGUCUGCUUGAAACAGCUGCUGGUCAGUAUUUGACGUGCUUCAUCACUGUGUGUCUUUGUUGUGUGCACUCAUGUGCCUUUUUGCCCUCUGCCCGCUGAGAUGUCCAGCUGGUCUCAACUGCUUGUGCAGUGUGCACACCUACUGCGAACUACGAGGUAAAGUGCAUGUGCAUGCCCCGAUGUGUGUGUGUGUGUGUGUGUGUUUUAUUUGUUCAACUGCAUGCCUCUCGCUUUUUAGGGCUACAACU